CUUAUAGAGAAAUACAUGUGGGUCCAUAGCUAAAAUGUUGCUAGCAAUAUUGACCAGAAGAUUUAUCAGUAGAAGGGGAUUUGAUCAGAGUAACGGUAUAUGUCACAACCUUGGUCAGAUACAAUUAUCUACUCCUGUCAGCUCCAAGAAAAAAAAAAUGAAGAAACUGACGCAAGAAGAAAGGGAUCUACUUUUGAAUCCUUUGUUAGAAAAUGGAUGGACUUUGAAAACAGAACGAGAUGCCAUUUAUAAAGAAUUUAUAUUUAAAAAUUUCAAUGAAGCUUUUGGAUUUAUGACACGGAUAGCUCUACAAUCGGAGAAAAUGAAUCAUCAUCCAGAAUGGUUUAAUGUUUAUAAUAAAGUAAACAUGACUUUAUCUACUCAUGAUGUUAAUGGAUUAUCACAGAAAGAUGUCGAUUUAGCAACAUUUGUUGAGAAUGCUGCUAAGGGUUACAAUAAUUAAUUUAUUUUAAGAUUGAUGCCCUAAUAUAAUCGUUGGAUCAAGAAACAAACAUAAAUAUAUAUAUAUAUAGCAAUUUUAAUGAUAUUUUUAAAAGAUUAUCUCACAUAAAAAAAAAAAAAAAAAAAAAAAACAUGUUAAAAUAUUUUAUUAUUUUUUAUUAUGAUUAAAAUAAUAAAGUUUGUUUAUGCAGUUAUCAAAUAAUUACAAUUAUUUCAUGCGUUUAGAUAAUAAAUUAAGAAUUUGAAACUUUCAAAUUAUUCCAAUGCUUUUCAAAUUACAUGCAUAUUUCGAUUUUAUAAAAUGCACCAAUCAACGAACACCUUUCAAAAAGAAUCUAAUGAUAAUUUUUUUUUUUUUUUUUCUUGAAACAAAAUUUAAAUAUACUUGCUUAGAAAAAUUGUAUAUAAUUUUUAUUGAUUAUAUGUUACAUUUUUAUUAUUAUUAUUCUGAUUGGUAUACAAAAUCGAAAUUAGAUCUUUUCGAUUAUAUAAACGAACUCUGUAUAUAUGAUUUUAUCUAGUGACGUACGUAUCAUGUAUUCACGUAUACAUCUCUAGAAAAGGAAAUAUACAUAUACCGUUAUUA